AUGCAGUCGCUGCCAGACGCGCGAUCGCAAAGCUUCGAGGAGCUCUAUGGGCCCCCCGAGAACUUCCUGGAGAUCGAGGUCCGAAACCCCAUGACACACGGUGUCGGCCGUGGCAUGUACACGACGUACGAAAUCGUUAUGCGCACCAACAUCCCCGCCUUCAAGCUCAAGUCGUCGACGGUACGCCGUCGCUACAGCGAGUUUGAGGCUUUCCGCGACAUCCUCGAGCGCGAGUCGGCGCGCGUUACAAUACCACCGCUGCCGGGCAAGGUGCUCACCAACCGCUUCUCGGACGAUGUCAUUGAGCACCGACGCGAAGGGCUCCAGCGCUUCCUCCAGAUUGUCGUGGGCCAUCCGUUGCUGCAGACGGGCAGCAAGGUGCUGGCUGCCUUUGUGCAGGAUCCCAACUGGGACAGACACGCGUGGUAG